AUGGGCUUCAAAGACACCAUCUCCCUCCCCCUCGAGGCUGGGCCCUCGGUCCUCGACGUCCACCUCGUCCCGCCUCACCUCCUCGCCGCCCUCGAGUACGUCGCCGCCCGCCUCGCCCGCAAGUCGCUGGCCCUCGACCUCGUCCUCGUCCGCAGAGACUACCAGCUGCCCUCCAUCCUGCCGCCCUUUGCCUCCGCCUCGCCCCGCCAAGAGCCCGCACCAACAGCAGCAUCCUCUGUCCUGGCCUCCUCCUCCUCCUCCUCCUCCGCCUUCUCCAUCUCCUCCUCCUCCCCCCAGCAGCCCAGGUUCGCCCCCGUCACCGCCCUCAAGCAGCUCGUCCGCACCGCCUCUCGCCGCGCCUCCGACCCGAUCCGCCCGACCAGGACCCGUCAGGGCAGCCAGGCCUCCGUCGCCUCCUUGCCCUUCAACCUCGACUCCAUCCGCCGCACCCCGUCCUCCGCCGCGCCCUCGUCGCCUUCGUCCAUCUUUUCCGCCGAUCUCCCGAGCCCUGCCGCGCCCGAGCCCCCCUUUGGCGUCUGCCUCGUCCACGACCCGGCUCUCUCUACGCGCGCCCACAGGACCCUGUGCGGCAUCCUCGCCAGGGCCGAGCAAAGGUUUGGCACCGGUGGCCCCUGGUUCUCGCAACCCGUCAGCCCUGCCGCCUGCGGACUGCCCGUCCAACUCUUCAGCAGCUCCCUCGUCCAGAACGAGGUCCUCUUCGCCUCACAAGGCCUGUCCCUUGUCUCCCUCGACCGCUUCUUCAGCCUCAAGUGCGCCUUGUCGAGCUACUCCAUGACCCGCUCGCCCGUCCGCCUGGAGGACGCCACCGACGAGCUCCACCGCUUCGUCCUCGCCAACAACGGCACCAGGGUCAGCAAGUCGGCCCUCCUCCGCUCUUACGACUGGCUCUCUCUCUCCGAUGACACCGUCGACCAUCUCGACCGCAUGUAUCGCCGCGCCUAUGGCGGCCCGGAGCAGGUCGGCGCCAUCGCCGGCAUGCCAGAUCCGGCCACUCCCCCCCACCCCGAGCCCGCGCCCGAGCCCGAGACGUCGCCUUCUCCGUGCCAAGAUGAUCUGCUCGAGGCCGAGUUUGCCUUUCCGCACCCCGACGACAUUGGCAUCGCCAUCACCACCCCCGAAACCUCUCUGUCCCCUUCCCCGAGAGUCCCCACCCUCAAGCUGCAAAUAGACUUUGGCCCAACGCCGCCCCCGACUGACAGUCCGCGGUGGCCAUGGCAAGAUGACGACGACGACGACGACGACGAUGGCGACCGCACAGCGCUGCCCGAGAAUUUCCUGACCAUAGGCUUCGACCCCUGGGCCGAGCCGUCCAUCGACCACGUCCUGAGCACAAAGCCCGUGGUCCUCAGCCCGGAUCCGUUCGCUAAAGGGCCCGGGCCAUUGACCCCCAAGACCUAUGGCGACAUAUCACCCGUUACCCGCGGCGAGUGGGGGUUCUUGAUGGUGGAUAGCGUGCUCCGAAGCGGACGUACCGUCACAGUGGAAACCUGUUGA